AUGGUUGCCACCACGUCAGGGAUCAGCAGUUCGGGCCGAGACGCAGCUAACGGAUUUGCCGACGGAAACGAUCACCAAGAUGAGACUACAUCCCUCCUUGGUGUAGUGCACACAAAUGUUACUUCGUAUGGCACAACGCCAUCCAGCGGUAAUGAGAAUGCCGCCGAUGAGGAUGAGGAUGAGAAUGAAAAGCCUCUCCCCGUAACUCAGGUCCUGCUACUUUGCUAUGCUCGUGCGAUAGAGCCACUGGCAUUCUUCUCCAUCUUCCCGUAUGUCAGCCAGAUGGUCCAGGAUAACGGGCAUGUCUCUGACGCGGAUAUUGGUUUCUACUCUGGCCUCAUCGAGUCUCUAUUUUCCCUAACGCAAGCACUUGUGAUGAUUUUCUGGGGAAAACUGUCCGAUCGUAUCGGACGCAAGCCGGUUCUGGUCUUCUCUCUAGUUGGUGUCACGUUAGCGACUGGUCUAUUUGGUCUGGCGAAAACGAUACCCCAGAUGAUCAUGUUCCGAUGUAUUGCUGGCGUCUUUGCUGGAACUAUUGUCACCAUCCGAACCAUGAUUGCUGAGCACAGCACGCCCAAGACCCAGGCGAGAGCGUUCAGUUGGUUCGCCUUCAGUGGAAAUCUAGGCAUCUUCCUAGGACCUUUGCUAGGCGGUGUUCUUGCCAACCCCGUAACCCAAUAUCCAGGCAUAUUUGGUGGAAACCGUUUCUUCGAGUACUACCCCUAUGCCCUAUCUAGCUGGGUCGUGGCACUGGUUGGAGCUACUGCCGCCCUUUCCAGCGCGCUUUUCGUCAAAGAAACACUGAAGAAGGAGCCAGUCAUUGCUGCUGACAGUGUUGGCGAUGAGGCAGCCGCCCAUGCACAAGCGCAAAACGGCAACAUGUCCACUUGGCAACUCCUAAAUGCGCCCGGCGUCGCUACGGUUCUGUACAUUUACGGCCACACCAUGGUGCUCGCUUUCGCUUACACGGCCAUUGUCCCCGUCUUCUGGUUCACGCCCAUCACCCUUGGCGGUUACGGCUUUACGCCUAUGCAAAUCUCUCUGCUAAUGGGCAUGAACGGCGCGGCCCAGGCCGCAUGGCUCCUCCUGGUCUUCCCCCCACUACAGAGGAAGAUCGGGUCGAAUGGCGUGAUCCGUCUUUGCGCCGCUGCUUACCCAUGCUUCCUCUUGACCAUGCCCAUUGGUAACAUGCUCCUGCGGAAUGGAACGGAUGCAUCUAUCAAGGCUUUCUGGGUGAUUACGCCCAUUUCGCUGAUUAUCGGUUGUGGUGUUAGUAUGUCCUUCACCGCGGUUCAACUUGCUAUUAAUGAUGUUGCGCCUUCACCGCGGGUCCUGGGUACGUUGAACGCCCUGUCAUUGACUGGUGUCAGUACUCUGCGGGCAUUCAGCCCGGCUCUCUUCACUACGCUCUAUGCGCUUGGAGCGAGAACACAGCUUGCUGGCGGCUAUGCUAUCUGGAUUUUCCUGGCUCUGUUUGCUUCCGGGUUAUCGCUUGGGGCGAGAUAUUUGCCGGAGCCCAAAUCAGCUCAUAAGCGUCGCAGUGCCGAAUAG